UAUAGCGCAUAACUUCACUGUUAUCAUAUGGCGACAGUGUAUGUCGAAGCUCCUGUCCUAACCUCACUGCCGAUUAAAAAAUUCAAAUCUGCCCAGUGAUGAGCAAAGUGACCAGAAAAAACUAGUUUGCUCUGAAUUUGCCGCUGGAAAAUGGCAUCUGCAGUACUGGAGGGCAGCGACUUCAGCAGCUGGCUGGGCGGGAGGCUGCAGGCCCUCAACACAGAUGAAACCGUCUUUGGCUCGUACAUUCAGAGCAUCCUCGAUAGCGACGAUUCUUCUGAUGAGAAAUCCGAAGCCCUUCAAGAUAUUUUAGCGGAAAUAGUUGAAAACGUUAACGAGAUCGGGGAAAUAUGUGCGGAAAUCCUGGAAAAAUGGCAAACGCUGAAGCCAAAAGAGACUCUUCCCACUCAGGCCUCCAAUGAGGAACUUAACGAAAAAUUGGCCAAACUAUUAGAGUCUCAAUCCUUGGCCACCACCAAACAGAAGCAAUAUACUGACGAAGAAAAAAAGAUUAGAGAGGCGAUUUUGUCUCAGUACAGCCAAAUGACCGACUCUGAAGGUGAGGAGGAAGACGGAGGUGCUGCAGUUGAAACAAAGGACAACUUGGAAAGAAACAUUAACGCACAUCUGGUGGCUGAAGCUGAAAAGCAAAAACGUGAACAGUUUCGACUGGAAAGUCAACGAAAGAAGGACAAAGAUAAGGAAGAUCGAGAAAAGCAAAAACAGCUUAGAGAAGAAAAGAAGGAGAAGCGCAAAACACAGAAAGGCGAGAAAAAGCGGUAGCAAAGGUAAUCAAUCAAACACCGACCUGUGUAUUAGAAACCGUGUAAUUUCCAGUUAUUCGACAACAGUCAUGAAACCAAUAAUAAUCGUUUUAACUCGAA